AUGGCUCAACUGCUAGUAGUAGAAUUGAAGGAAGGAAUGAAAUCAGUACGGAUAAAACAAUAUCCCAUCAAAUUAGAGGCCCGAUAUAAAAUAGUGAAAAUUAUUGAAAAAUUUUUAAAAUUUGGAAUAUUAGAAGAAUGUGAAUCAGAAUAUAAUACCCCAAUUUUUCCAGUAAAGAAACCAAAUGGAGAAUAUAGAUUGGUACAGGACUUAAGGGCUAUUAAUGAAAUCACGAAAGAUAUACACCCGGUAGUAGCUAACCCAUACACAUUGUUAACAUCUGUGAAGGAGAAAUACAAAUGGUUUACAGUAAUUGAUUUAAAAGAUGCCUUCUUCUGUAUUCCUCUCGACAAAGAUAGUAGGAAACUCUUCGCUUUUGAAUGGGAGAACCCGCACAAUGGACGAAAAAUGCAGUUGACAUGGACAAGGCUUCCACAGGGAUUCAAGAACAGUCCAACGCAUUUUGGGAACCAGCUGGCAAAAGAAUUGGAAUCAUGGACAAUGCAGGAGAAAUUUCAGUUACCCAAACAGGUGGCGAUCAUGCACUGUAAGGCACAUCAAGGAGGAGAUUCCAAAAUAGCUGAAGGGAAUGCGUUAGCAGACCGGACAGCUCGACGGAUUGCACGACAGGUAUCAAAUAUGAUGGCCUUAAUACCCACGAAGGUAAGCCCUUUACAAAAUUAUUUAACGCAGAAGCCAAAGUACUCGGAGGAGGAUGAGAAAUUAGCCAGAUUACUGAAGGCCCAGUUGGGUUCAGAUGGAUGGUACCUAACUGCAACCGGACAAGUAAUUGUACCAACAACUAUUAUGCGGACAGUUUUGCAAACGGAACAUCAGAAAUGUCACUGGGGAGCAGAAGCUUUAGUGGCAUAUCUAAAGCGCAGCAUAAUCUCAACACGGAUGUUAACAAUGGCAAGGUCAAUAAAUUCAAAAUGUGAAAUCUGUUUCAGGAACAAUCCGGUGGUUAGGAAAGGAAUAGAAAUUGGACAUAUCAGAGUAGGUAUGGAACCGGGUGAUUAUUGGCAAAUUGAUUUUGUAGAAUUACCUAAAAGUCAAGGAUACAGGUAUUUGUUAGUUGGGGUUGACACUUUUUCUGGAUGGCCGGAAGCCUGUCCUUGUCGCACCAACCAAGCUAAGGAGACAGUGAAAUGGCUGCUGCGGGAGAUUAUUCCAAGAUUUGGGGUACCCCUAGGCCUAUCUUCAGAUAGGGGACCGCACUUCAUAGCAACUAUAGUUCAAGAGGUAAGCAGAAUGCUAGGAAUCUCUUGGAAUCUCCACACACCGUGGAGACCACAGUCAAGCGGACAAGUAGAAAAGAUGAAUCAGACAAUUAAGCGGCAAAUCAGUAAAAUAUGUCAGGAGGCUAAAAUUCAAUGGCCACAGGCGUUACCAAUAGCACUCCUAAGAAUAAGAAUUAAGCCAAGGAGUAGGAUGACAGUAAGCCCUUAUGAAAUCCUUUUUGGGAAACCAUAUGAGGCGCCGCAACCAAAUCUAAAUGUGCAUAUAAAAGGGAAUCAAGAUGUAUAUAACUAUGUACUGUCUCUCAGUAGAACUCUGACGCCACUACGAAGUGCCCUGAUCUGGAACCGUCCGUUAUCAUUAGAAAAUCCAGUACACGAAAUUGAACCAGGAGACCAGGUCUACGUUCGAGAUUGGAAUGAAGAACCACUGAAAGAACGGUGGAAUGGACCAUACUUGGUACUACUAACAACAUUUACUGCGGUAAAAGUAAAAGGAAUAGACUCUUGGAUUCAUUAUACCCGAGUGAAAAAGGUUCCUAGAAAUUGGGAAGUAGAAACUCUUAGACCAACAAAACUGAGACUGAAAAGCAGAUAAAUGUCGAAUUUUGUGUAUAGUACCUUA